AUGGACCUGCGGAAGGUGAGCGAGCUGCGGGCCUUCGUCAAACUCUGCAAGGAGAACCCGGCCAUCCUGCACAGCGACGACCUGCGCUUCUUCCGCGACUGGGUGGAGGGGUAAGUCGGGGGGGGGGAGAGCCCCUCAUGGGGCGGCGCUGGAGAAGGUGGAGGUGGGGGUAGAGUGGGGUCCUCUGUAUCCCCGUUUCUUCCUCUCUCUCUCCCCCUCACCCCCGUUUUCAGGUGAUGAAAGUGUCUCAGUUUUCGGACGGUAGGGCUGGGGGGGGGGCUGCUGGGUUUUUGCGGGAGGGGGGUGUUUGGUGGGCGGCGAACCCUGGAUCAGGCCUCGAUAAUAAGAGAGAAGUCGGGCUUGAAAAGCGCGGAGCUGGAGGAGUUGCAGGGACUUGUAUGGGGCUGGGAAGAUGGGGAAUUCAUUAGAAUAAUUUAUUUGCCUUGCGAAAGGUGCCUGCUUUGGUUUGAGUAUUCAAUCCUUUCCCUGGAAUCCGAGGCUGUUCGAGGGACGGAUGGCCGGAUCUCUGGACGGAAGGCCUAGCCGUGUCAUUGGAAACCUGUUCUUCUCACGUCCAGUUACUCCACUCCCCCCCUUUCUCGGCAAGGAAAGGGUUUCAGGCUGUUACAAUUAACAUGUGCUCUUUAAUCCCCUCGGUGUACCAACAUUUCUGCUGCCCAGAAAACGUUGUUUCGUGCCUGAGGAAAGGAUAAGAGAAAGCUUUCAGAUCAUUAUGAUGAUUACUCAGAUGUUGCACUUUCUUAUAUGUAUUUUAAUGCUGGAAUAUUGUCCCCAGUUACUGCACCAGAGCACAUUUAGUGAAAAACAAACAUCAUAAUCUACAUGCCAAGCACAUUUUUGCCUAUGCUUUCCUUUCCACCUGGAAGUUCCUUUUUUGUUGAAAAAAGCAUGCAUUUUGGAGUAGCCUGAAACUGAGUUGCUUAGGAUUGUUAUUUCAUCUUUUAGAAAAAAAGACUGUAUUUAUCAAACGACUUUCUGUGGAAGUGUGUGUAACACAAGCCACAAUGCACCUUGGAUUGUGCAAAUAUAUUGUUGCAUGCCACUCCAAUCUUGGAGCAGGGUGGGAUUCCAGGGGUUCCAAGAGCUUGCCCAGGGUUUUGUUUCCUUCUGGAGUGAAGCACAGCUGAUACUUCAGUGUAUUUAUGAUAUAUGAUUCAGGUAGGUAGCUGUGUUGGUCUGACAGUCGAAACAUAUAAAAAAAAUUAAAAAAUUGUCCAGUAGCACCUUAGAGACCAACUAAAUUUGUUCUUGGUGUAAGCUUUCAUGUGCAUGCAUCUGAAGAAGUGUGCAUGCACACAAAAGCUUAUACCAAGAACAAACGUAGUUGGUCUCUAAGGUGCUACUGGACAAUUUUUAAAUAUGUUUUUAUGAUAUAUGGUUUGUUUACACAUAUAUGCAACCUGAACCUACAAUGGAGGGGAUUCAAACAGAAAUCAAACCUUGCUCUGACUCUCUCACCAGCUUGCAGCUUUACUUCUAGGUCACAUCAUUGCAACUCAGCUCUAAACUCCAGCUUUGUCCUUUUAAUUAACAGAGCUGGGGGAGGGGCACCCCCCCCAGCCGUUUGCCUUCUCACACAGAACCCCUUCUCUUAAUGCCUCAUCACCCAGACUUUCACCUCAACUCAGGAAGCUAGCCUGGCUUAUAUUUUAACACCUGCUAGAUCCAGGGGUUAGAUUAGAAGGAUCUAAUAUAGAGCCUACUUUCUCCCCACCAACUCAUAGCAAUAUGUAACUGUUUCUAGAUUUAGUAUUCAAUUUAUGUAAAACUAAGGUAGAUAGAGCUGCUUUCAUAUUGUUGUAAGCAUGGUUAAAAACAUUUAACUGGAUUACUUAUUGAAAUCUGUACAAUAGUAAAAUUGGCUGUUAAAAUUUUCCAGAUGGUUCUCUAAUAUCCCCUCCAUGAUUUCAGAUCCUGCUUGAAAGCAAUCAGUGUUACAUUGCCAAGAGUGCCAUUUAUGCAGCCAACCACAUUCUAGCUAAAUGAAUUAAAAACCAUUAUGGAGUCCUGUUUCAUAGCCCAGGAAAAUCCCCUCAAGUAAUAAUGUUGAUGAUUCUGUGAAGAAAAGCAGUCUAGCUUUGGCUACAGACCUUAAAGUAUUGUUCCAUGACAGUGCGAAAGCUUGCAUUUCAUGCUGUGGAGGGAGGCGUGUAGAAAGAGUUGUGGCUGAAAGAGCUAUGCUGUGGAGGAGUGUAGAAACAAACAUGGCUGUGUUUACUCUAAGGUAACCUGUAGCUCUAUCUAGUGGGUAGUAAGAUUUCAGGUUUUCUGCUGGAGUGGUAGAGCUUGUUCAUUUGAAAUCUCUUUGUGUGUGAAAUGGUUUUUAUUUUGAAUCAAAUAGUUGUUUAAUAACACAGUCUUGUAGCAUUAGGAGGCUUUGCAUGCAUUGUAAUCAGUGGACUCAGGUAUGCCUAACUCAUACUACGAUUGGGCUAUAUAAAAGUAUCAGUUAGUUUUUGAAUGGUAAAGUCUUCCUAACAAAGUGAGCAGUGAAACUGUAAAUCAAAUAGGGUGGCCAGAGAAUAUUAGUAGUUCUUAUUUGGUGGUUACUCUUCUGGGUUAAUUUUAUUUCAGUUAGAUUUAACAUUUAAUAUUAUUCCUAGAGGAGUGUGUCAGAGAUGCUCCUUUCAUCUCAGAAGUGUUUCACAGAUACUGUAAAUGUUUCUGGAAAGUGCACCAUUAAUUUAUUGAAACAGGAAGUGUGAUUUCCACCACCACCUUUUGCUGUACAUUCUAGGGCAGGGAGGUCCAACCUUUCAGACCAAGUGGGCUGCAAGAGUACUUGACACGGAACCCGCAGGCCACACCCUGCAUUGUUGUGCUGUGGGGGGAGGCCAAAAUUUGAGCCCUUCCCAGCCCUGGGCUCCUUGUAGCCCUCAAGUCAUGUGUUGGAUCAACCAGUUUUAGGGAAAUCAGUUGUUCAAAGCACAUGCUUUGGGAAUCAGAGGUACAGAACAAUGUAGAACAAGCUGAGCACCUGCACCCCUUGCUCUAGGAAAGUUGCUGGGGAUAAUCUACAUUCCACCUCUUUACAGAUAUGUUUUUUCUAGUGUUAUUGCUCGUAACCUUUGUACAUAUCACAGUUCUGACUUGAAAGUAUGGGUAAAAAUGGAGUGUUUUCUUCAGGGUAAUUUCCUUAGUGUUGUGGAAUCAUACUGCGGCAUGUGAAAGUACAAGUUAAAUCUAGAAAUGCUUAACCUUCCACAGCUUUUUCUUUCUUUCCAAAUUUCCUGGAUUAAAAGGCAGCAAAUGCUAGUUAAUUGACAUUGCUAUGCUUAAAGGGGUUUCAGUUGUUCUACCCUAAUAACAUAAAAUUGUGCUGAAGCAUUCUGAGUAGCAAUUCAGAAAAGCAAAUGGGACUAAUUUUAAGGUAAUAGAAUUUCUGUUCAGUUAUUCUUUAGUCAUGAAUAAAUAUUCAUUGCUAACUGUUACUUAGUGGUUUAUACUUUUCAUUUAUCUUAAACCAAAUGUUGUCAAACUCUGUAUCUCACCAAUCUUUUUCUUUUUUUGAACAGUAUGGGAGGUAAAAUACCACCAGCUCCAUGCAACACUUCUCAGGAAGGAGCUGCAGAAGGAGCUGCGGAAGGAACACAUGAGGUAAGAGAGAGGCGCUUGUUAGGAUUAUGGCUUUUAUGUUUGUACAUACCAUUCCUAAUGUAGGGUGCAAUUUGAUCUAAAAAAAUUGACCUGCAUCUCAACUUUGUGCAAUAGUAUGGAUGCUGUCUUAUAAAGAGGGGGGUUGGACUCGAUGGCCCUUGUGGUCUCUUCCAACUCUAUGAUUCUAUGAUUCUAAAUCACAAAUGGGGAGUUGCCUGUAGUCCAAGUGGGAGAUAACCAGAGCAUGUACCGCUCUGGCAAGACAUAAUGCAGGCAGGUAGGGUCUAGGCUGGCUUACCGGAUGGAGCUGAUAGACAUCUGCCCUGGACACAAGUGUGUGUCUCUCCUUCAUGUGUCAACAAGAUCAUUAGUAAUUACUCAGGCUUUCUUUGUGCAUACCUAAAGAUGCAUGUUGGAUACUACAUCCUUUGUUGAUUCCAUUAUAAUCAUUUUUUGAGUACAUAAAGGGCCAUUAGCCUAUGCAGAAAAAUCAUUUGGGAAGAUAUAGUAUAAUGAUUAAUUUCCCUUUUAUACGAAACCCUUGUUGAGAACCAAUUUUACCCACAACAAAAUCUGGGAAUCUGGGAAUUAAACAGGGAUAUGAACAUUGAAGAAGAUAAAUUGAACAAUUUAUGGACAAAAGCACUAUAUAAAUCUCUGUCAGCAGCUGAGAUACAUUUCAGACACUGUGAUAAAUCAGUAUAUCACGAUAUUUAGCUGCUGAUAUAUUACGAUGUUGAAAACCAGAUAUCGCCCAGCCCUAGUCGUGGGUCAGCCAACGUGGAGGAAAGGGUAAGAGCAGGAGAGCUUGCACAUGUCAUACACAUUACUUUUUUGGGAGGUAGCUAGAGAUGAUGCAUUUUCUCCUCCCUCCACUAUCCCCCAAACAGGAAGUCACCCCAUUAUGUUUGUCGGCUUUUUAAAAGUCUUUAUGCCUUCCGAAGUGGUUUGUCAUGUGGCAAAGGCUUCUGCUCUUUGGAAAGCAGAAGUCUAAAGUUCCCUUGGGUGUGUAGUUAGGUUGCAUAGUUCUUUGAAUCCUGACAACUAGCAGUAGUGGUGCUGAUGAUUGCUGUCGGUGAUAAUCAGACUCUGCUAACAAAUACUUCAUUGGUCAGAUAUGCUGCUUUUCUGAUGGGGCCCCUUGCCCUAUGUUUCAGUGUUACUUAUAUAUGUUUCCAGAUCUUCCCAGAUGAAUUGUAAAACAGUAGAAAGUCUGGAUUUUCCAGUAGUUUGUAGCAAGCAGAAGUUAAAUAACCAAAAUAUAAUAAUUACAUUUUUGAGAUAUUCACUUUUUAAAUUUUAAACUUUCCAGCUGGAAAAACAGUGCAACAGUUCUCCAAUUCAGUCCCUGAAAAUGAUUUAUUCUAGAAUUGUCUGAACAUCCUACAAUACCACCCUAAGCAAAGCUUUAAAUGAGCAUGCCAGUAAUUUGAUAUCCUUUUCAUUAGGCGAAAGCAGAAGAAAAGAAGCCCGAGGAACCACCAAAGCCAUCAGAACCUGAGAGUGAAGAAAGUGAUGUGGGUGAGUUAUUCAGUACUAUAUUGCAUGGUUUCCAUGUUGUAGAUGCAAUGUUUUGGCUUCAUUUUUCCUAUUUAGCCUCUUAUGUGGAAUAACUAGGAUUCUUCUAAUUAGUGGUGAUUUUGUUUGCAGAAAUUGAUAAUGAAGGAGUGAUUGAACCAGACAGUGAUGAACCUCAAGAAAUGGGAGAUGAAAGUCUUGAGGUAAUAAGCUUAAUUGAGAUUGGAACCGUCUCUCUUUGUAAAACCUCAUGUAGCUUUUUCGAUCAAUCAAUCAACAUUUCUGGAUUGCACAGCAUGAAAAUUUCUUUACAAUAUUUAAGAGCUAUCUAAACAAAUCCACCAUGAUACAAUCUGUACUAAUAUAUAGGAAACCAAUGCAGAACGUGGAUUUCAAAUUACCCUUUUAAUGUUAAGAAAAAUAACUGAUAUCUUAGAAAGAUUGUUGUGGCCAAAACAAAGGUGGAUCUGGCCAUCUCAUGGCUGCACAUACACUUCUGUAUCACAUACAUGUGCAAUACGCCAGGCAGAAGAAAUAAAGCAGUCCUGUUGCUUGCGAAAUGGAGACAAGGAGCUAGUGGGCUAGCAGGAAGAGCUUGCUGAGCUGGAUCAGACCAGCAGACUGCCAGUGCACCAGAUGUGUUCUACCAUAACUAAAUAGUCACUGAUCUAAAGGAUGGAAAAAUAAAUAAAAAGUUAAGACAAUUUCAACUAAUCUUCAUAGUCUGUGUGGCUUUUUAAAAAGAAGAAAUUUAUUGUUGAUAGAUAUUUUUCUAAUUGGCUUUAAGUAGUUUUGAAACACAUAUCCCUCUGCUGAGAUUCAGUUGAGUUGUAUAUUGAUACUCUAGACCAGGGGUCAACCACCUUUUUCAGCCGUGGGCCGAUCCACCGUCCCUCAGACCAUGUGGUGGGCUGGACUAUAUGGGGGGGGGGGAAUGAACGAAUUCCUAUGCCCACAAAAAACCCAGAGAUGCAUUUUAAAUAAAAGCACACACCAGGCAGGCCCCACAAAUAACCCAGAAAUGCAUAUUAAAUAAAAGGAUACAAUCUACUCUUUACAUGAUUCCUGGACCGUCCACAGGCUAUUGGGCCUUAGGUUGCCUACCCCUGCUCUAGACCUUUUAAAAUUUCUAGAAUUAAGAAUGCUUUCCAAAUACUUUGUGUGAAUUUGAGUCACUUUGUUUCUCUCUCCUUUAGGUAACGGAAGAGAUGAUGGACCAGGCGAAUGAAAAAAAGAUGGAAGCUAUUAAUGCACUAGGUGAAGGUGAGUUCUUUAUAAGGAAAAUUAAUUGCCUGACAAGCUUUUUAGAGGUAAACAAAAUAUGUAGUCUAGUAUACUUCUAUUUUUUAGGGUGGGUUGUUCCAAAUUCACCAUAACUUCGAUUCAGAUAGUGCAGUGAAUGCCUGUCUUUAAAAUAAUUUCAUUUCCCAUUUGAUCCAGAAAAAGAAUAAUUUUAUUUAAAAUGCUUGAGACUAAGCAUCUUGUCUUGAUACCUAAAAUAUGAUGUUAUAGCCACUAGACUAUGGGUAGGCAAACUAAGGCCCGGGGACCGGAUCCGGUCCAAUUGCCUUCUAAAUUCCACCCGCGGACGGUCCGGGAAUCAGCGUGUUUUUACAUGAGUAGAAUGUGUCCUUUUAUUUAAAAUGCAUCUCUGGGUUAUUUGUGAGGCCUGCCUGGUGUUUUUACAUGAGUAGAAUGUGUGCUUUUAUUUAAAAUGCAUCUCUGGGUUAUUUGUGGGGCAUAGGAAUUUGUUCAUUUCCCCCCCUUCAAAAUAUAGUCUGGCCCCACAUAAGGUCUGAGGGACGGUGGACCGGCCCCCUGCUGAAAAGGUUUGCGGACCUGCAGACUAGACAAACUUUCUGGGGAGAGGAAUUCAGUAACCAGGAUGUCAGAAGCAUUGCCUACCACUUGAUUGCUCAUGGUGGUGAAACUCUGAGAAAGGCUUCUCCGUCAACCUGCAUGGGAAGAUCUCAGCUCCCAUGUAGAUUGACAGAGAAGAAGUAGUCCUUAAGGGACCAGUGUUUCAAACUGUAAAAGCCUUUAAAGCAAGGUUAAAGAGAAAUCUUCUUUAUGUUAUGGGCCACUGACCUGCAGGUAAAAAAACUCUGGAGGGCCAGGCAAAUUGCCUCUCACUCAUCAGGCUCCCCUCCCCUGCAGGUCCUACCAAGGUGUGUGUGUGUCUGCCUCACUCUCACAGACUAUUUUUCUCUCCCCCCACUCUCCCCCCCCCCCAAGAGGCAAGGGAGGAAGGGCAUGUUGUUGGGCUCCGUUGCCUAAAUGCAAUCCAUAUACAUUUCACAUAGUCAUUCCAUGGGGAUACCACAGUUGACGGUAUCAAAAGAUGCUGAGAAUACUAGGGGUAUCAAAAGGGUUGUAUUUCUCUUCUCUUGGCACUGGUUAUCACAAAGGGUGAUCAAUGCGGUUUCUACAACAAAACAGGACUUGGAACAAAGUUAAAUUUGUCCAGAAAACCCUACGAAUAUCUGUGGUUGCGCAGCUGCAAUCCACUUGAGUGCCUUGUCCCAAAAGAGGAUGUCUGCAACUUGCCAAUGAGACAAGACUGAUGGCACUAUGUACCAUUCCCUUUAUUCCAUAUGUCCAGUACUCCUAAUUAAGACAAGUAUAUCAUGUAGAAGACAGAAGUGCCUGGCGUGCUCUGGUCCAUGGGGUCACGAAGAGUCGGACACAACUAAACGACUAAACAACAACAACAUAUCAUGUAGAUGUCUUCUUUGGGGGUACAACUGAAGCCUUAUUUAUAUUUCCAGGUGAACUUCAGAAAGCCAUUGAUUUGUUCACAGAAGCCAUCAAGUUGAAUCCACAACUGGCUAUCUUGUAUGCCAAACGAGCCAGGUGAGACUUUAAAUUUGAAAACAAGUGCAUUAGAGGAUGCCAAACUACAUAUACCCAAACACAGCUUAGUCUAGACUAAUUAACUCCAGAAUUCUCUUGCUAAAUGAAUUGUUAGUAAAAUGUACAUAUUGUACAAAAUGUGACAAUAUGCCUUGACCUGGCUGCAAAAAAACUGUUAUGCCUUUUGUGCCUCUUGGUUAAAUCUAUUUUGAUAAGCUCCUGUGCAAGCCAACAUACAGUCUUUGAUAUUUUGAGGUGCUGUUAUUCACCUGAAAAGUCCUGUUUGUGGUUGUGGAAUAAUAAGUGUAAAUGUCAGUUUUCUAAAUUGCUAUGUGCUCAUGGCUGUGUUUUCUUAUGACCCUGUUCCAUGUUCUCCUUCCCAUAUACCUCUUCUCUUUCCCUUGUCCUUAAUGUUACCAUACCUGUAUACAUAAAAUCAGAUUACAGAAUGACAUUAUGAAAAAGCAAGCAUUUUUAUUUUUCUUAGCACACUUGGACAUAAUUUAGAUGUCAUAUUCCUAAUUUUGAUUUUUGUCUUGAGUAAGACAGAGUAAGUAUGUGUAUUUAUUGAAGGACUUAGCUAAAUUAAGUUGGAGGUUGAGAUUCUGCUUAAUGUUGCUUCAUAGAAGUCACUGUCAGAUAAAAAUUGAAGCAAUAGGUGAUUGAUGCCAUUAAUACCAAUCUUAGAAAAAGAAAAAUAUAUAAGCCAUUAAACCACAUUAUUAUUGAAAUUUUUUAAAUGAGCAUUAAAAGCGCAACAUACGUGUUAGAAGAGGAUGUAUCCAAAUUACUGAAGCAGCUUGCAGUUUUUGGGGAAGUAGAAGGGGAAAAAAUAUGAUUAGGCAGCAUGACUGUCAUGUAACUUGUAGCAUCUCUAGACUCCAUUCUGAGUACCCAAAAAUGUGCAGCUGAUAGUUCCUUAAACAUAUUUGAUUUUCUUGUUGUCAACAGUGUCUUUGUGAAAAUGCAGAAGCCAAAUGCUGCCAUCAGAGAUUGUGAUAGAGCCAUUCAGAUUAACCCUGAUUCAGCACAGCCUUACAAAUGGCGAGGGAAAGCCCACAGGUAAAUAAACUAACCUCUCUUUACACUGUACUACUCUGAUUAAUGAAAAUACAAAUUUUCCAGUCUGGUUUGCUGUUAAACAUAAUCCAGUUGCGUAGCUGGUAUUUUUUAUUAAAUUGAUUCAACUCGUGAGUGUCUGGUUUUAUAACUAAAUUGUUGCAAUCUGCCCCAAUACCUUAUUGUGAAGGGCAGGUAAGAUAAUAUUAACCAUAUAUAAGUGCACAUUUUUGUACUGUUCUGUUACCACUAUAAAUGUAAAACUUGAAAUUAAGGGACGGUUUGGAUUCGAAAAAAUACAAGUACCAUAAUAAUGAAAUGGAAAGUUUCUGUGUGGUUUUCAAGCUGUGCAUAUCUAUGGGUUUUCUUUUAGCCCAAGAAUGACGAACAUGCGGCCCUCUGGAUGUUUUUGGACUCAAAGCCCCCAUAAUCCCCAGCCAGCAUGAUCAGUGUUCAGGGAUGGUGGGAGUUGUGGUCUUCAGAAGUUGUUGGACUAAAGGAUGCCCACCCCCAUUUUAUGCCAUGGGUUAAAUCUGAUUUUAAAAUGUCUUGCAUCUUGUCAUUGCCAGGCUGUUGGGUCACUGGGAGGAGUCUGCACAUGACCUGGCAUUAGCCUGUAAACUGGAUUAUGAUGAAGAUGCUAGUGCCAUGCUGAAGGAAGUGCAGCCCAGAGUGAGUGACAACAGGAAUACAUAUUUAUUUUCUUACAUUUUCUAUCCUGGCUUUCUUUUUUUGUGGAACCGAACACAGUGUAUAUGUGAUUCCCCAGAGCUCCUUAGCUUGAACAGAGUGGUGGCCUCACGUGCCUUCAGGCUGUACCUUGGGACAUCAAUAAUUUAUUGCCUUGUUUAUGGUUUGUCUUCUGUGGUGUUAGGCAGAACUUAUUUCAGAAACUGGUGUCGGAAUUAUGCAUGGCCUCAUAGUUCAAAACUAAGGAUGCUGUGAUUCCAUCCUCAAACUUCCAGACGAUUGCUGGAAGUAGACAAGUUUGCCAUGUGUCCACUGCAUGUCUGUGAGUAAGCUCCUAUAACAUCUGAAGGGGAAAUGUGUGUGUAUGAUAUGGGCAUGUGUUCCCAAUAUUUGUGGGAAAGGAGCAGUGGGAAAACUGUAGAUACAUCUGCUGCAUAAAAUGUGGAUCAUCCAAGAUCAUUGCAUUGGCUAGAACGCAUGGUUUUUUUUUUACUGAUUUGCAGCAUUGCCGCAUGGGAGUGCUGUCAGCUGUGAUUACAAACAGUUCAAAAAAUUAUUAACUUCAGCCUUGUCUCUAGAGAAUCACUCCUUGUUUUUGCAAGCAGGCCUUUAUAUUCAAAGAAUAUUUUUGAAUAAUUGUUUAACUGUACUGUUUCAUCUGGUCUGGCAUUCUGUAUAUCAUAUGUGGAGACCUUUGGCCCUCCAGAUCUUGAACGAAACUCCAAUCUUCCUGACCAUUGGCCAUUCUUGCUAGGGGUGAAGGAAGUCUUAGUUCAGCAGUGUCCAUAGGGCCAAAUGUUUGACCUUACUACUGUAAGUUUAGGAUUGACAUUAGCAAGGGAUAAAUCUUAACCUUGUACAAAAGGAAGACCCAUCAAGUAGGUCAUAAAUUUUGAUAUCUCAUAAUCAUGUGUAUAAUUGAACAUUUCUGAAGCUUUGAUGUGACAGCCUGGCUUCUGCUUCCUCUCCCUGCCAAUGUGUAUCUGGAGCUGCUCUCUCCACUGUAUUAUUUCCCACAGAUAGAAUGAAAAUUUGAUUCAACAAGCCUAAGUCUUCCACAUACUCUUUUUACUUCAUUGACAACUCCUAAAGACUGGCAUAUGUCUCCCCUUUUCCAUGGCUUUUAUGGAUGAAAAGAAGAGAAGGCAUUUCAGAGUUGUAGGAAACGCCUCUGCUCUGUCCAUACUCAUUGUUACAGUCUCCAUGUCUAUUGCUUUAUUGUUUGCCACAUGAAGAGGAGUGGGGAUGUUUAGGAAAUGCCUGUUGUUGCUAGGUGGGCAGGACCAACUCCUGUGAAGACGCCUUAGGGCAGUUCCCUCCUCCCACUCAUUGAAACUGCAGCACAGAGAAUGAUAAUAAAAACAUGAACAACUAAUUGAAACAGUAUAAUUUCACAAGCCAGAGGACCAAGUAAGAUAGGCUAGUCUCAGCCACAGGGAUUGAAAUUAGCAGGGUGCCAGGCGCAUUUCACGCCCAAAGAUUCUCCAUUUGUAAAAAGCUCAAAAGGUUUAGGUGCCAUUUUUUGUGCCUGGCUGAUACUCAAGGAUUUCUGAAAUGUAUAUGCUUUGAAGCCUCAAAGUAUAUGUCAGGGAUAGCCAAAAUGUUAAUAAGGAGUUUAACAGUAAAGAGUAGGGUGUGGUGUACCAAUAUUUUUGUUGUAAGCACCAAAUGAAACAUGUAUUAACAAUUUCUGUUAAAAUGUGAUAUUAACAAUGUGUCACUUAUGUGAUUUGUGUAUUAGUUCAUGUGUAUCAAAAUAAUAACUAAAGCGUGUUGCCAAAAUUUGGCUCCUAGCUUUUCUAUCCCAGUUUCUAGCACUGCUGAGCCAGGGCAGACUUAGAAUCCUAGAAUUGUAGAGUUAGAAGCACAAGGGUCAUCUAGUCCAACCGCCUUCAAUGCAGGACUCAUUUGCCCAAAGUCAGGCUUGAACCCAUGAUCCUGAGAUUAAGAGUCUCAUUCUCUGCUGACUAGGCUAUAGUUGAGACUUGACCUAGUUGGGAGCCUACUACUGAAAGUCUCUUUAAAGUUUUUGAUAAAAGAUGCAGAAAGGCGUCCUUUAUAAUAUCUGGAGAAGCAUCUGGAAGCUGAAACCUAUGAAAAAUAGUGUAAUGGCUUCUUUAAGUAGCAGUGUUAUGGAUACUAGGAGCUUUUGCUGCCAAAUACUGAUGACAACUGAAGGCAUGUUUUUUUCAAUACAGUGGUACCUCGCAAGACGAAUGCCUCGCAAGACAAAAAACUCGCUGGACGAAAGGGUUUUUUGAGCUGCUUCGCAAGACGAUUUUCCCUAUGGGCUUGCUUCGCAAGACGGAAACGUCUUGCAAGUUUGUUUCCUUUUCUUAACACCGUUAAUACAGUUGCGACUUGACUUCGAGGAGCAACUCAUAGAACGUGGUGUGGUAGCCUUUUUUGAGGUUUUUGAAGACUUUGGUGAUUUUUGAAGCUUUUCCAAAACUUUCCCGACACCGUGCUUCGCAAGACGAAAAAAAUCGCAAGACGACAAAACUCGCGGAACAAAUUAAUUUCGUCUUGCGAGGCACCACUGUACAUCAUGUUUUGAGAAGCCUUGUUGAUACCACUGACCCAAAAUGUGAUAUCCCUAGAGCCUAAAGUUUUGUAUGCCAAGUGUGUAGUAUACUCCCUGGUAUUUUACAUUUUGAACAUUGGUUUUAGCAUUUCUGGCUUCUAAAUAUGCUAUGUUGUCUAGAUCAAGGGUGGCAAAUUUGCAGGCUAGCCUUGGCCUGCCAAGCCAUUUCUGGUGACCUACCACCCUUUGGGAAAAUUGACUUAUCUCCUCCAUCCACAGGAGUGCCUGUUCACCAGUUAACAUGGUUCUAUUGCUAAGGGGUCAAGCACUGCAGAAAGAGGAAGGUUGGUCAAUUCUUUCCACCACAAUGCUGGGUUAGGAGAGGAUCCUAACCCAAUGUGGCCCUGAGGCUGAAAAAUGUUAAGACACUCCAUUAUUGAUUAAGACUUUUUAAGUGGCAGUCUUCAUCCUUUAGCUUGGCUUGGCCAGAACACUAUAAGCAAUCCUCUCAAAAUAUUUUUACACAUGAGUUGUAGUAUAAACUCCUAGAUAGGUUUCCAGACUUUUAAAGCCUGGAUAAUUGUUUUCACUAUGUUCACUCAUACCAUCAGCAGCUUCAGGCUGCAAGUUUUGCCCUCUUGUGAAAUACUGACUUCAUAUCCUGUGGGACCCAGCAACAUAUUGAAUCUUAAGUUGCAUGUUGAAGAGAAGGUAUGUGUCUUAAAUAUCUAAUUUUCAGUACUAGAAAAGAAUUGGCAGAGUACCAAAACAAUUAAAACUAGUUGAACUAGGUAAAGUGCUAAGAUUGUAUUUUAAAGAUGCUCUGGAUUCAUAUGACCAAUACCCACCCUCUGUGCUUCAGGCUCAGAAGAUUGCGGAACACAGAAGAAAAUAUGAACGAAAGCGUGAAGAAAAAGAAAUCAGGGAAAGGAUGGAAAGAGUAAAGAAAGCUCGAGAGGAACAUGAGAGAGCUCAAAGGGUGAGAGCUUAAUAAAGCAUGUACAACAGGAAAAUAACCCAGCAUAACUCUAUCCAAAAAUGUGCAUGGAAAUAGGCUAAAAAAGGGGCACUUCUACAGUUUCAAAUGCUAACCUAUAUUUUAGAAUGUCUGUCUUUAACUGAGUCUGUAUUUAGUUGCAGAGAACUUCAAAAUGAUAACUAUUUUUUGUACAGGUAACUCACAUCUUACACUUAUUAUACGUACAGUGGUGCCUCGCAAGACGAAAUUAAUUCGUUCCGCAAGUCUCUUCGUCUUGCGAGUUUUUCGUCUUGCGAUGCACGGUUUCCCAUAGGAAUGCAUUGAAAAUCAAUUAAGGCGUUCCGAGGGAAACCGCCUUCAGACCCGGUCCGGGGACUGUCUGUCCCCGGACCUCUACGGAUGGCGGGGGGGGGGGGGCAAGGGCUUUUCUUCCCACCCCAGCAUUUUAAAAAACCCCGGGACAGCGGAGGACUUCUCCGCUGUCCGGGCGAUCUUAAAAUGCUGGCGGGCGGCAUUUUAAAAUCACCCCGGGACAGCGGAGGACUUCUCCGCUGUCCGGGCAAUUAAAGCCCCUGGGAAGGCAGGCAGGGGGACAAAGACUUUUGCCCCCGCCAGCCUUCAGAAGAGGUCCUGGACCUCUUCUGAAGGCGGGCGGGCGAGUCUUUGCUCCCCGCCUUCAAAAGCCCUCCGGGACAGGCAGGCAGGGGAGCAAAGACUUUCGCCCCCGCCCGCCUUCAGAAGGUCUUCCCUCCCCCGCCCGGCUCGGAGCACCGUUCCGAAGCCGGGCGGCGGCGGAGGUCUUCCCUCCCCGCCCGGCUCGGAGCACCGUUCCGAGCCGGGCGGCGGGGAGGUGUUCCCUCCCCCGCCCGGCUCGGGCACCGUUCCGAAGCCGGGCAGAGGCGGAGGUCUUCCCUCCCCCGCCCGGCCCGGAGCACCGUUCCGAAGCCGGGCGGCGGCGGCAGGUGUUCCCUCCCCCGCCCGGCCCGGAGCACCGUUCCGAAGCCGGGCGGCGGCGGCAGGUGUUCCCUCCCCCGCCCGGCUCGGAGGAGCCUUCCGAGCCCGGCGGCGGCGGGAGGAGGUGUCCCCGCCCCGCCGCCAGGCUUCGGAGGAGGUCCGAGGACAGUGGGGAAGGCGCGCUGCGCUUCCCCGCUGUCCCUGAGAUUUCCCUAUGGGCUGUCGUCUUGCGAAGCAAGCCCAUAGGGAAAUUCGUUUGCGAGCGCCUCCAAAACGGAAAACCCUUUCGUCUAGCGGGUUUUCCGUCUUGCGAGGCGUUCGUCUUGCGGGGUACCACUGUACUUAACAUGAUCACGGCUUUAUGCACAUCACCAAUUUUCUUUUUAAUUUUUUUUUUAAAAUACCAUGAAAAUGUGAUGCAAGGGGUGGAAAGGGGUGGCUGAGCAGGAAAAAACUGCAAAAGAUCCUGGUAGUCUUUGUGAAAGUGUUUGAGUGUGGUUGAAGAGUGCAGAGUGUGAAGAGAAGGCAGAGGAGGUAGCAGAGAGUUAGAGUGGCUGAUUGAUGGAGACCAAAGAGACUUGUGGAGAAGUUUGGAGAGACAUUGGUGGAGGUUGGAGUGUGGAAGAAGCAGUUAGAGAGGGAGAUUGAAGGAGGUUGGAGAGACAUCACAGGAGUUUGGAAGAGGUGGUUGGAAGAGGUCUGAAGGACUUGUGGAGGGGCUUGGAGAGACAUUGGAGGAGACUUGGAGGAUUGUGGAUGAGGUGGUUAGAGCUGCAGAAUGGCCGCAAAACACAAGACAUCCUCAUUAUCAUCAGCUGCUGAGAAACGAAAGAAUAAGUGAAGGAUGGUUCCCACACUGGAAAAGAAGUUGGCUGUGCUGAGCUGCUUGAGAGCUGGCAUGUCUGUGUGUGCUGUGGCACACAAAUAUGGCCGGAAUGAGUACAGCAUCCAUGCCAUCAAGGUGCAUGAAAAUGAGGUCCAUGGAGGAGUGGCAGUAAGUGCAUCCCUGGCUGCAAAGGUGACCAGCCUUUGGUGAAGACAAAGAAGGCACUGAACUUGUGGCUGGAAGACAAGAACCAGAAACAUGUUGCUAUGGAUGGCAGCUUCUUGUGCCACAAAUCUCUCAGCCUCUGUGGCCACAGUAAACUUUCCACUACAGUUGGGAAUCAGCAAGGGAUUUAAAGCCAGCUCAGGUUGCCUUAAGAGCUUUAAGGUCUGUUUCAACCUGAAGAAUGUCCAGGCAAUAAGGCAGGCUUCAUCUGCAGACAAAGAGACUGUGAAAACAUACCCUGCACAAUCAAAGUAGCUGCUGGACAAGUCCUGUCUUCCAGAGCAAGUCUUCACUUUAGACGAGACAGGACUUCUCUGGAAGAAAAUACCUGAGCAGACUUGCAUUGCCAAGGCUGAAAAGCAAACCCCUGGCUUCAAAGCUGGAAAGGAUAGAGUAGCUGUGCUGCUCUGUAGCUAUGCAGCUGGACACUUAAUAAAGCCAUGCUUGCUGUACAGGUCUCAAAACCCCUGUGCAAAAGGCAAGGAGAAGAAUACUUCCUGUAUUUUGGUAAUUUUGGUAAUUCAAUGAAAAGGCCUGGGUGACAUCAUCAUUUCUAGACUGCCUCCAUAACUGCUUCUUUCCAGAGGUGAGACAGUUCCUCAGAGAGAAACAACUGUGGUUUAAAGUGAUAAUGCUUAUGGGCAUUGAAGGACUCUGCUUCACACACAGCAAGGUAGCCCGCCCUCCCGCCCCCGCCCCCCUGCAUAGGACAUCCCUCAUCUAGCCUCUGCAUCAAGGUGUGAUCCACUGCUCCAAGACUACUCACACAAAGCUCAUCACCUGGAUUAUCAAUGCAAUGGAUGCUGAUCCAGCUCUUGAUUCCACGGUAUGCUGGAUGUCCUUCAGCGUUACCCAUUGCGUCACCCAUUGUGGAUGCAGUCAAGCCUGAAACAGUGAAUGCAUGCUGGUGGAACUUGUGGAAGGAAUGUGUGCAUGAUUUCAAGAGAUUUUCAAGCACGGUCACUGAGGUGGAGGGCAUUGUGCAGAUGGCUAGGCAAGUAGGUGGUGAUGGCUUUGUUGGCCUCAUCCAGGAAGAAGUAGAAGAACUACUUGAGGGCCAACAGGUAUUGACUGCUGAAUAGCUAGAGAGAAACUGGUCAGAUCAAGUUUAGAAUGUGAGGAUGAGGAUGGAGAGCAAGUUGGAACCUGCAGAAAUUUUCUCAACUCUUCCAAGUCAUAAAGCACACAAAUGAUCUGAUUGCAGAGUUUGACCCCCUCAUGGAACUCAGCCUCAAGAUCAUCUGUGGGAUUACAGACACUGAGACCAUGCAAGGAAAUGUUUGAUGCAUUCAAGAGACAAUAGUGGCAAUUGUGCUCAUGCAAUCCACCCCUAGAUCUGAACCACAGCCAAGCACUUCUUCUGGCUAUCUGGCAACCCCCCAUGUCCUCAUAUCAUCCCCUAAAGCAUCAUUUAGCAAGGAAGAGGAGGAGGAAGACUAAGAGCCUUAUUUGUCACCCACUGAUGAGUGCAGUGAUUUAUUUAUUUUUACAGUUUUCUAGGGGUCGUUAUGGCUUUGCGCUGCUUAUAUGUGCAAUGGCCAAGAACAUAACCCCUGCUGCGUAAGAUGCGAGUUACCUGUAGUUUGAAGCCCAGUGCUAUAAACACUGAGGGAGCAGCAACAAACUUGAGCAUUAAAAUAAAUAUCACAACUAUUUUCUUUUCAAAACUCACUCUUCCAGGGGCCUAGAAAUUCAGUAUUAUCCUGGAGUGAAGCAGUAGUGCAGAACCUAAGAGCAUGUAGGGUCUAUAUAGUAGGCUUUGGAUCCAGUUGUAAUAGCCUUCUCAGCUUUCUAUAUCUAAGCUUGAUUAGUUGGAGAGCAUGUGAAGUUUUCUCAUGAUUUAUUGAUUGCAGGAGGAAGAGGCUCGACGACAAACGGGAGGACCUCCAUUUAGUGGCUUCCCAGGUGGCUUCCCAGGUAUGUGUUCAUUUCAAAGCAUGAAUAGCAACAGAGAUGGUAACUUAAUGGAUCUGGGUCUUCGCAUUUUGUUUAACUUGCUACUGGGGCAAAAGAAAAGUUUUACUUAUGUAAGUUUGGUUUUUCUAAGCAAGAGGGAAAUUUGUUUGGCUGUUGGAAGGGAAUAUCUGUAUGUGAAGGGAACACAUAACUACUCAUAGAAACAAACACUCACUGUAGUGGCCUAGGAGACCAUGAAAGUGACUUGGGGGCUGGAAAAGAGGGAGAUGUUAUUGAGACCUGAAGAGCCUCACCCAUAUCAUCCUGCCCCCCCACACUCUCACUCCUUUGCAACCAAAGAGAAAGCCUUUCUGGACAUGGCAUGCCAUCUGUAAGCAUAUGGCAGCCAUCUGUAGACACAUUCCCAGAAAGGCUCACCUCACUGCUUUUAGGGACCAGAGAACCUCUUUUUAUUCUUUUUGUAUUUUAGGCAUUUUACGGUCUUAACUGCUUGCUGUGUUUAAACUGUGGGUUGUUUUUUAUGUGGUUGUUUCUUAAUCCUUUAAUUUUAUGAACCGCCCUGGAACCAAAUCUAAUGAAGGGUGGUAGAUAAACAAACUUGCUAAUAGCAAAUCUUAGAAAUCAUGUACACUGCAGAAUUGCUUGCCCAUACAGCCUCCUCUCUUGUGUUUUGCUUUAUUGGUAAGAUCGUAUAGAGUAUGUACAACUUGCUGUGCUGCAGUAAUCCUUCACAUACAAUUUGCUAAAGAGGCCAUGAUAAUACAUUCCUCUGUUUAUGAUAAGACAAAGCCUUGAGGUAGCAUAACUAUUUCACAGGUAACCUCCAGCUGAAAGCAACCAUAUUUGGACCCAGAAGAUUAAGUGGGUAUAGGAGUGGGUAUUGGAACACAGGAUAAAGUCUUGACCUUUGUUCAAGAAAAGUUUUAGUUCCCUUGCUCUCCUGGCUAUAGGAGGCUUCCAAAGAACAGUAAUAUGUAAGGAUGUAUCACACAUGUGAAAGCAGGAUAUGCUUUGCUGCAGGGUUUGUACCCACAGGUGCCAUGGAGCCCCCAAAGGCCUUCAUUGGCACCUGCAGGCAUCAUGCUGCCUGUGAGAGCUGGGUUGGUUUCCCUUGAUAUUGGGGCGGGGGGGAGGCGGGCUGUAGAGGAUUUUUAAUGGCAGAGCAGUUGCUUCAGCUGGAAAGGCUGCUUCCUUGCAUUCUGGUUGGUUUGGCAGGAUGUUUGAGCGGCGGGUUAGGAAGUGGCAGGGAUGGCCCAUCCUGUUUGCUUGUUGCCCACCAGCUAUGUGGAACUGGCAGCAGGCACUUGUUGCUUGUUCACCCCAUGUAGGGGCUCCAUCUGUGUGUGUGAUUAAGAUGCACUUUGGAGAUGGAGAAGAGGUAUGUGUGACAGAGAAGGAAGCAGAGGUAUGUAUGUGGUGCAGUCUGUAAGGGUGGGAGGGCAGGAAGUACGAAUGUGUGGUCUCAGAAAGAAAAAUGGGUGCACUUGGACAGAGAGAGAGGGAGAGAGAGUUGUGUUUGAGUGGGAGUACGUGGCAUAUGUGUGUAUGAGAGAGAUUUAUGUGUAUAUGUGGUCUAUUUGGGUGCUCUGUGCAUGCACAUGCAUAAAAGUGUGUGUGACCACUUUGUAUAUUUUUCCUUGAACUGCGGAAUGCUCCCCAUUACUAGACAGCAACAUCACUGGUUUGUGCAUGGGUAUUCAGUAUAGUGUGCAAUCAGAUCUAGCAGGACAUAGCUGACUUCCCAUGGCAAGCAUGAGAUUGUCCAGGGGCUUGGGGAGAAAGCAGCAAUGACUGUACUCACUCUAAUUUUUUUGUUAUGCCACACCCCUCAUGACAACCAUUUUGCAUUAUGCCACACACCCUAUGGUAGCCAUUUUGUGACUAGCAUCCAUAACACUUUCUCAAAAUGUGGCCUCUGGUCCAGAAAGAUUGUUGAUCCCUGCUCCAAGUCUAUGCUUUACAUUUUCAGGUAAUUUUCCUGGUGGCAUGCCUGGCGGUAUGCCUGGUGGCAUGCCUGGAAUGGGGGGCAUGCCUGGUCUCAAUGAAAUUCUCAGUGACCCUGAAGUUCUUGCAGCCAUGCAGGUGAGAACAUAGAACAAGUAAAAUAAUGAUGAUUGAGAGAUUUAUGGAGCCCUGAUUCUUCAUAUGAGUUGUGCUUGUUCUCUAAGGACCUUCCCCCAAAUAGUUGAUUAUUCCAACAUUCAUUUAUUUUCAGUCAUUUUUAUUCUGCUUUGAAAAUGCCCUCAGGGUAACAUGUGGCCUUUGUAACAAAUGACACCUCUUAACAAGAGGAAUCUUAACUGCAAGAAAUACCACUUGAUGUGGCUAAACAGCCUAUGAAUACAAUUUUUAUAUAAUUGUUUUUAUAUAUUUUAUAUUAAUUUUUAUAUAAUUGUUUUUAUAUAUUUUUAUAUUAAUUUUAUAUAUUUUAAAAACAAUUAUAUAUAAUUAUAUAAUUGUUCUCAAGGCCGAUGGGGGUCUUGUCAUCUGGACAGCCCAGGACCUCCAUAUAUACUGCCGAGGUUUGCAUCCCGGUGAGGUCACUUCAGUGCUGCCAACACAGAGGUUUGACUUCACCCCCAGAGAUGCACUCCAUUGUCUCUCAAGACAGAUGGAUGCCAACAACAACUAGCAUAUAGUUGAUUUUAUAUUGUAUUGUGGCCUUAACAUGGAUAUGAAAGCCCACUUAAUUUCAUACAACAGUACAAGCCAUUUCCCCUCUUUUUGUUUUACAGGAUCCAGAAGUCAUGGCAGCUUUCCAGGAUGUUGCACAGAACCCAGCAAACAUGUCAAAGUACCAGAAUAACCCCAAAGUCAUGAAUCUCAUUGGCAAACUAUCAGCCAAAUUUGGAAAUCAACCCUAA